GUUUCUGCAUGGUGGGUGCACCGGUGGGCGACUCAGUAGAAGAGGGGUGGGGCUGGCAGAAAAUAUCCUUCUUUGUAUCUUGUCGCUCCCAUCCUUGAAGAAGCAGAAAGAUCAGGGGCUAAGUUGAAGGAGAACAACUGGUUGCGUUUCUUUUAUAACCGUAGGACUGCCGCUCGCUACAGCGAACAGAGCGGAGCUCGGUCCAGAAGAGCAGGGCGAGCCUCCCACGCACACUACCUUAUACGUACGUUGAUUGGCAGGGAUUUACCUAAUGGCUAAGACUUUCUGCGUGUGCUCUUGUUUCUUCACUCACAACGUAUUCUUACAGCGAUACGGGCUACACUGUGUCUUCCUAGACGACGAUCAGUUCGGAGAGGACUACAGAGCGCUGCUGAGGGAGAAAGGAUGUGCAUCAGACCAGGAAUACGACGAAGUGCUGAAAGAAGUCACGGUGAGUGGAGAGAAGGCGGGAGAGCUCUGAAACGAGCAAACUGCGAGUACAGACCAUACAGUUACACUACCAGAGACUCCAUUCACAGAUAUACACCCUCUCUGAACAGUUCUUAGAUGGUCAGUUUCUUGAGAUUGUCAAGUAUUGCAGGAGUGAUACUGCCACACCUGCUGGUCUCCUUGACAUAAUCACUGAGGAGAAGUGCCAAAUGUGUACUCGUUCCCAGUACUGACUGACAGUUCUGUGAUCUUCUGUUACAAGACUUGGAGCAUUUUGACAAGUCGAAGAUGUCCAAAGGAAGACCAAACUCCAUGAACAACUAUGGGAUCCUGCUGUCAGACUGGGGUUUGACAGAGGUUUUCCUGGACCACCUGAGGGAGGACAUACCUUACAACCGCUGGCCUCCCUCCUCUACCCAGAGUGGGUGGGGCCAUCUGGACUGGACUCACACAGGGCCUUCAGUGUCUCCUACCAACUGGAGGGAGACACCCAGCUUUCCUACCACUUUGACAACGCAGAGGUGACACUCAACGUGUGUCUGGGGACCAGUUUCACUGGAGGAGAACUUAGUUUUGGACCCAUGGCAGGGGAGCCAGGGUCUCUAUGGAAACAGAGAUACACUCACAGACGAGGCCGGGGUCUGCUGCACAGAGGUAGACAGAGACACCAGGCUCACCCCAUCACCAGUGGGAAAAGGGUUAACCUGAUAAUAUGGAUGAGGUCAUCGAGUGUCAGGAACAGACAGUGUCCGAUGUGUGGGGAGGAGCCGUCCCUGGUUACAUGUGACGGCUACGGAGAUGAUUUACAAAUCAACGACUAGUGAUCGUGACACUCACAACUCUGUGUAGAACCUGUAAUCAACCUGUGACUACUCUAUGUCAUCAUUACCCUCAUCAUACAUCAUGACCUACAUGUAUAAUGUAAGAGGUGCAGUUGAUAUCGCAAAAUGAAGUAACCACAAGUGUUCACAUGUGUUAGGCAUCAGUGCCGUAGGUAUCACACAGAACACAGGAAGAGAGGAGUGUGGGUGGAGUGUGCAGGGGAGGUAGGGGACAAUACCCAUGUAUGUAUUACAGUUUUACUUCAUAUAUCAUCAUCAACACAGUCCACGCGGUAUAUAUAUACUCACUA